AUGGUUAGAGCAGGACUGGGAGCGCAGGAGGUAAAGAAACUGAGGUUCUGGCAGUUAGCAGUUAGUGAACUGGUGGGAACUCUGUUUGUGGUACUCUUCACUUCUCUUCUUGUCAGCAGACAUGAUGGAAAAAGUGUUAUCAUGACCGUAAGUCUGGUAACUGGUCUAGUUUACUCUACAGUUCUGUUUAUAUUUGGUAACCAUGGUUACUUCAAUCCAGCCAUCACUAUAUCUCUCUUUUGUGCUCAACGGAUUCCACUAAUGAGAAUGUGUGUUUAUGUGGUGAGCCAACUAGCCGGAGCAAUCGCAGCGCAACUCAUCGCCAGUCACAUCAUGUUAACUACUUGGUACUCUAGUUAUGGUCCUGGUGCCACUAUGCCUAGCACAAGCGUCAAUAGUUUUCAGCUGUUUUUAGCCGAGUUUGCAGGAAGCGCUGUUAUCUCUGCAGCCAUCAGCACUAAAUGCUCCGGAAUGAUUAUAGGACUCACCAUUACUACAAUAACUGCUAUCAUGUUUCCAUUCGAAAUGGGCUGUUUGAAUCCAGCUAGAGCGAUAGCAACUAACAUCGCAUCAGGCAAAGUGGGCGAAUAUAGCUGGGUGUAUUGGUUGGCUCCAACUUGUGGGGCUGUCUCAGCGCGACUCCUCAUGUUAGCUGUGGACAAGAUAGAGAUAUACCCGGAGGAGAUAGACCAAGCUAGACACAAGCUUCUCAGCGAUCACUCAGACUGACACAGUCUUGCAGGACUGCAGGUGCAAUGUGCAGGUGCAAUGUGCAGGUGCAAUGUGCAGGUACAAUGUGCAGGUACAAUGUGCAGGUGCAAUGUGCAGGUACAAUGUGCAUGUACAAUGUGCAGGUGCA